AAAAUUAAUGCACUUUGGAAAAUGACUGUGCCUUCAACCUUGGUCAUACAUAGUUUACCGUGUUCGAUUAAUCGAGUACAGUGUCGCGUACUGUGAACCUGAAACAACAGAAGUUUGUCAUGUAAAACCUUGAAGAUUGAACGCACAAAGAUUAUCAUUUGUUUGAGUUUAUGCUGAAGGUCUUCGAUCAGCUGUUAACCAUAGGCUUGACUUUUGUGGAACAGAAAUGCCUUUCUUAAGUCCAGAUUGGAGAUAUCCUGGAGAUCACUGGCUGAAAACAAAUGAAAGUGGCAGCAUGUGGGAAAACGCCAAAAUAUACAGACUUAGGAUAUUUGAAACGAUUAAUGAAAAUGUUGUUAAACGAUUGUGUCGACAAGCACUAAAAGAUGAAAACGAAUCAACGCCUUAUGCUAGUGAUUACCUUAGAGCAGUUUUUUACCAGCCACAUAUACAUCUUCAAGCUGGUGCUACUCGUGAGAUAGCGACAACAACUACCAUCAGUGAAGCUUUACUUAAGCUAGAUACUAAGGCGGCCUUGAGAGACAUAAGGAGGUUUGAUUACAUUUGCAAGAUAAUGGAACUUCUCAUAUCAGAACACUUUCAUAGACUGGCUGGUAGACUUCAACUGUUUCUUGUUGAACUUCUUAGAGAAGUGCUUAAACAAGUUCAAGCUAGCUGCAAUCAAACGGCACGUUUUCGAAAACUCUUGGAUGCAUUAAAAGAAAAUUUGGAGAAAAAUGAGUACGAUCACAUAGGAAGUACUUUGCUUUGGACAAAUCACAGGAAAGCUUUGGAGGAAAUGUAUAGUUGCAUUGAUAACUUUGAUAUUGAGAAGAAAAUUCAGUCAAUUGCUACACAUCCUUCCCAUAAGCUCAGGUCUUUAAGUGAACGUGAAAGCUCUACAGAAGAAUGCAUAAAACUUGAAAGACUUCCAUCUGAAUGUUUAUCUCAUGUUCUCACUUACAUAGACUCUCCUCAAGACCUUGAAACAGCCUCAUUGGCUUCAAAUGCUCUAGCAAGUGUUGUUGAAGAUGAGCAUUUCUGGAGAACCUUAACUCUGACACAUUUUGAUAUCAGUCAGAUACCAAGUGUUAAUUAUGGUCUUCCUGGAUGGCAUAGUCAACCUCCUGUAUCAAUAAGUGAUUGUAAUUGGAAACGCGCUUAUGUUCGACUUCUUAAAAGAUAUGGUGACAAUCAUGUUUAUCCAGCAAAGCUAGCUGUUUGUGAAGUUUGCUUUUGUUUAUUUUGGCCUAAAUGAAUACUCCACAUACAGUGCUACCUACUAAAGAUGAAAUUUUAACUGCCUAGAGUGCUUGUAUAUGCAAAGAAAUCAAAACGAACUUGAGUGUUCUUUUAAUUUUUGCAAUUGUGGCAAAUUGGGAACCAAAAAAGAAAAUUUUUUGUCAAGAUCUUUGGGCAUCCAUGUCACUAUCCUAACAAGGAAUCACGAAUACGUCUCCUAUCUCCAAAUGAAUUUAUCCUGCUUUUUCAAAUUUGACAGUGUAAUUUGCAUUUUAUGUCUAUGCAAUGGUUACUGCUCUUCAAGGUAUCAAUAUCGGAGUGCCUUCAGUUCGUUUUUUCCCUUUUUUGGCACAAGCACACAUACAUCCUUUUAUCUUUAUUAAGUCUAUGCUUAUUCCUCCUUACCUGGAUCCCAAAGACCGUGCAUUUCCUCAGAUUAUGUGCAAUGUGUUAGUAGUCUUUUGUCAUUUAGUUCAUUUUUUCUUCUUUUAAUCGAUUAAUUUUUGAUAUUUUCAUAUCUACAAAACAAAGUUUCUACCGAUUCACGUAUAUAAAUAUUUUAAAUUUUAUUUGAAAAGUGUUUUCAACAUACCUUUUUGUGUUGAAUUGUCUUUCUUUUCGACUAAUUUCUGUCUCUAUUAGAGCCUAAACAUGUCAAAAAAUACACACAAACCUUACUUAAACUGUGAUCUCAGCACAACAAAAAGUGUUUAAUAUCUUCUUUAUUUUCGCGCCAGUGAAUACUUGAAAGUUUAUCUGUAUUUAUUUACUGAAUUAUUUAUUUAUUAAUAUACUUAUUUAUCUGUUUACUGGUUUUUAUUUACCUCCUUUUUUGUUUACUUAUUUUUUUGAGAUUUAUUUUUUGUUUGCCUUGUUUCUUUUCGUUUUCUGUUCAAGUUAAAGAGCGACAAGACAGAAACAAGAUUUAUUGUUUUUGUCACUUGUUUGCUUUCAUAUGUAAUGCAUACAUAUGCAUAUUCAUUUGUUUGUUCUUUUCAGACUGGUUUUAUGAGGAAACUGUAUCCUUCUUAAUAGGUCUGUUUUUGCGUGAUUUAGCUGUCCAGGGAUACAACUAAUCAGUGUUGUUCUCCGUUUUGUGCUUAGAAGUUUCCGUAGCG